AUGUUCACCUCUGCUUUGGCCACUCCCCUUCGGCUAUACCCCCGACUACCAGCAUCUGCGUCUGCUCACUUGCUGCUCUCUGUAAGGCAUGCGUCCUUGAACUCGGCCAUCGGACGCGGCAUCCGCAGAUCUCGUGCAACUGGCCAGGACUCGCCUCGUGAAGAUGGCCGUCGACAGUUUGAGAAAGGCUCUGGCCGUGAUGACAACUACCGACAAGCUGCCAGAAGCUCUCCCCGUGAUGAUGGCUAUCGGCCAAAUGCCAGAGGCUCGCCUCGCGAAGAUGGCUACCAAAGAACUGUGAAAAGUUCACCCCGUGAGGAUGGCUACCGACCGAAUGCGAGAAGCUCCUUCCGUGAAGAUGGACGCCAACAAUACUUUCGAGAUUCACGCCGCGAGGGAGGCCGCCAAAAUGAUCGAUCGAAAUAUUCCAGAUCCCCAAGGACUGAAGAUCGCCGAGGAGAGGAGAAGAAGUGGGCUAUGAAGAAUUUCGAUGAGGACGAGUUCAUCAGGACUGGCAAUUUCCGGGCAUUGCCUCUCGAACUCCAGCGCCCUCAGAGAUCUCCUGGUAAUCGCAACAACCGCGAUGCGGACAUUGAACCUCAAAAAACGCCACGACCAAAGAAAGCCGAAAAGAUAAAGCCUCAUCGAUCCACAGAAACAGCCCCAGAACGUGUUAAGGAACACGUAAAAGUUCCGGACUCCAUUCCUUAUACUACCCCCGCGUCGGAGUUCAUUUAUGGGACUAGCGCAGUUGAGGCUGCCUUGCGCUGCAGCCGGCGCAAGCUGUACACGCUGUACCUCUACCUGAGCGCUGGCGAGGAAUUGAGCCCCUCCAAGAAUGCACUACGAAAAAUCGCGCUUGCCAAGGGUAUCAAGGUGAAACUGGCUUUCGGGGAUUGGGACCGACUUCUCGAUAAGAUGAGCGCUGGUCGCCCUCACAAUGGCUGCAUUGUUGAAGCAUCCCAUCUGCCCCAAUUGCCCGUGAAAAGCUUGAAGAAGGUUGAAUCUGUUGAGGAAAGCCACUUCUCCGUGGAAUUGGGAAGUCAAUCCCGGGAAGAAGCGAUGGUGAACGGCAUGAACGACCGGAUUGCAAUUCACCAUUCGCAAGGGCGACAACGAUUCCCGGUUGUUCUACUCUUGGAUGGUAUUGUUGAUCCGGGUAAUUUCGGUGCCAUCAUCCGCUCGGCCUACUACCUUGGAGUUGACGCCAUCAUCUUCGCGGGUAAAAAUUCGGCACCACUGUCUCCUGUCACCAUCAAAGCUUCCGCAGGUGCUGCAGAGAACAUGACUCUCCUGGAAGUCAGCAACGAGGUCGACUUCAUUCGACGAUCGAAGGAGAACGGCUGGCGUUUCUACGCUGCAGACGCCCCCGGCCCUGGAUCGACGUUUGUGGACUCGUUGUCGGCCGGUGGAGAAACAGCUUCAAACAACGGCCUGGGCUUCGCACAAACGCCCAGCGUGAUAAUGAUGGGCAGUGAGGGCGCAGGGCUGAGCAACCACAUUAAAUCUCAUGCCGAUUCUAUCGUGAGCAUUCCCGGGUCUCGGUUCAGUAUGGAAUUGGGAGUUGAGUCCGAUCCGGCCCGGGUCGACAGUCUCAACGUGAGCGUUGCAGCCGCAUUGCUAAUGGAGAUGUUCUUGCGGGUUCCACUUGCUGUGUCGGACGUGCCCCAGAAAGAGAAGAAGGAGAAGAAGGAAAAACCUCGUCGAGCAUGA